CCCUCCCCUCCGUUGUUCUUAUUAGUAAGUAAAGAAUGAAUAUAUGCGUUAAACUUUUCUUUUUAUACUUAUAAAUCAACAGUUAACUGGGAUUGUGUAUUUAGACAAACUAUAAAUUACCAUGUCGCAUCAAGGAACAAACGCGUACAUGGUUGCCAGCUUACUAGAAAAGAUGAGUAAUGAAGAUAGAGAUUUUCGUUACAUGGCUCUUAAUGAUCUAAUGAGCGAACUUCAAAAAGCUUCUUUUAACAUGGAGUAUGUAAUUGAAAAUAAAGUUGUCAAAGCUGUUUUACAACUUAUGGACGAUAAAAACAGUGAAGUUCAAAAUCUAGCUGUUAAGUGUCUUGGACCAUUAGUUAAGCAAGUUAAAGAAGAGAGUUUAUGCCAAAUUAUGGAUCUUCUUAGUGAAUUUGCUUCACAACAAAAAAAUGACGAAUUACGUGGCAUCGCUAGUGUUGGAUUAAAAACAGUUGUAGUUGAAGUCGACCCUGAUAGAGGAAAUCAAGUCUGUGCUAGAAUAAUUCCUAAAUUAUUAAACACUAUUCAAAAUGUGGAAGCAGCAUAUGAAAUGCAAAUGGAUACUCUGGAUAUUUUGGCAGAAGUGUUGGCAAAAUUUGGUGGACAAAUUUCUGUUGAACAACAAACAGAUAUUCAAAAUAUUUUAUUACCUUUACUUUCUUACAACCGUGCCGCUGUCCGUAAGAAGGUUACAGUUGCAAUUGGAUAUCUUGUUGUGCAUCUUAAUGAUGAAUCAUUUAAUCAAGUAUUUGCUUUCUUAUUGGAAGGUUUACGUAACGAUGUUGGUUCGAGUGAAAAAAUCAGAACUUUAGUCCAAUGUGCAGGCGUUUUAAGUCGUUAUAGCGCUGCACGUUUGGGCGCACAUUUAUCACAGAUAGUGCCUAUUAUUAACAAAUAUACUGUUAACGCUGAUGAAGAUGAUGAAUUACGUGAAAUUUGUCUACAAACUCUUGAAUCUUUCAUUCUCAGAUGUCCUACAGAAAUUGCACCUUUUGUUCAAGAGAUAACAAAUCUUGCUUUGGAAUAUAUUAAGUAUGAUCCUAAUUUUGUUGAAGACGAUGAUGAAGAGGUGGAUGAUAUGGAACUUGAAGACGAAGAGGAGCAAGAUGAAUAUGAUGACAUAGCUGAUUAUUCUGAUGAUGAUGAUGAUAUGUCCUGGAAAGUCCGUCGAUCUGCUUCUAAAGUUUUGUCAGCUAUUAUUGAAACAAGAUUGGAUUUAUUACAACAGCUUUAUGAAAAUGUGGCUCCUGUAUUAAUUAGUCGAUUUAAGGAACGCGAGGAAACUGUUCGUGUUGAUAUUUUGCAAACAUUUAUCAGCCUUUUAAGACAAACAGAUGUUUAUGGUGGCAAUGCUGAAGAAUAUACUCGUCAAUUCAAUAUAUCUAGUAUGAAUGAUGAAUUGGAUCUUUUAACUACAGCGUGUCCCUAUUCUUCUUCAUCUAUGGAAACUAUAAAUGGUCCCAGGCAAUUACUUCAAGAUCAAGUUCCCAGCUUAUGUCGUGCUCUUUCUAAACAGCUUAAUACAAAAUCUAUACAGACACGUCAAAUUGGUUUCCAUUUACUACGUGAAGUCUUAAUUGUCUUACACGGUGGAUUAAAGGAUCAAAUGGAAUUAUUCUUUCCUGCUAUUGAAUCAUCUCUCUCUACCACAACUGCUGAACAACAACAUGCUUCUUCUUCUAAUUUAAAGAUUGAAGUUCUUUACUUCCUGAGACUCUUUUUCCGUAAUCACCCAGCCGAUCAUAUUCACGCAUUUAUUCAUCAUUUAGCUCCUUCUAUUAUUAAGUCUGUUUCUGACCGUUUCUACAAAAUUACUUCUGAAGCAUUCUUGGUCUGUAUUGAGUUACUUAAAGUGAUUCGACCUAUUUAUCGUGAAAAGUCCGGCAAAUACCAAGUCUCUUCUAUAAAGGAUACAAACAAUAUAAAAUAUGUCAAUGACAUUUUUGAAGUAACUUUGAAGACUUUAAAUACGAGUGAUGCAGAUCAAGAAGUGAAAGAGAGGUCUAUUAUGUGUCUUGGAACAUUACUAGCUCAUGUAUGUGAUGUUCUUCAGUCAAAGCAAAAACAAGCCUGGGAUGUUCUUUUAGAAAGAUUAAGAAAUGAAGUAACUCGUUUGAUCAGUGUUAAGACUCUUGCUAUUGUCUGUCAAAGUCCUGUUGCUGCAGGUGAGGAAUUACAAAGAUGCGUUCUUGUUGCUGUUGAUGAAAUAUCGCUAUUUUUGCGAAAGAGUAAUCGUCCUUUACGUGUUGCCAGUUUAGAAUGCUUAAUUAUUUUGAUUCAAAGAUUUGGUCAAAUUAUACCUGCAAAGAGCUUUUCAAGCUUAUUAACUGAAUUGAAACCUUUGAUUUCUGAUUCUGAUCUUCUUCUUUUACCUCUUGCCUUAAAUGUAGUACAAUCAAUUUUGGUUACUAGUCCCCAAUCAGUAAAUGAGAUUAAAGUAUCUAUUCUACCUUCUUUAUUCAAGUUAAUUGAAUCUCCCUUACUUCAAGGUUCUGCUUUGGAUAGUUUAUUAAAUAUGUUCGCCGCAUUCGGUAAAGUUAAUCCUGCAGAUUAUCAAACUUUAGUCAAUGGACUUGUUCAUCCUCUUUUGAACGUUAAAACGGCUACUGGUGUCGCUGCGGGUGGUGUUGCUGCAGUAUCAAACAAACAAGCAGCAUCUACUGUAGCACAAUGUGUUGCUGUAUUGGCAGCUAAUGCUAACCAAAUGAAUCGUAAUCAAACUGUCAAAGAAUUUCAAUCUUAUAUUUUAAAUCCUACUAUUAAUGAUUCGAUAAAGUAUUUAAGUCUUUUAAGUAUUGGUGAAAUUGGUCGUAGAAUUGAUUUAUCUGAAUUCCCAGAAAUCAAUGAACAAGUUAUCCAUUUGUUUUCUGCUCAAUCUGAAGAAAUUAAAUUUGCCGCUGCCUUUGCAUUGGGUAAUAUUUGUGUUGGGAACAUUAAUAACUACCUUCCACCUAUUGUUUCCCAAAUUAAAGAAGAACCAAAAAAACGUUAUUUAUUAUUACAUGCUUUGAAGGAGGUUAUUACUCGAAAUGAAAGUAAAAACGAUAUUAGUAAUAAUUCAUUAAGUAAUGCUGCUGAUGAAAUAUGGACACUUCUUCUUGAGAGUAGUGAAACAGAUCAAGAAGAGGGAACACGUACCGUUGUAGCCGAAUGUUUGGGUAAACUUGCAUUGACCGAUCCCUCAAAGUUUUUACCCCAGUUAGAAGAUCGUUUAGAAUCAUCCUCUUCUCAUGUUAGAGCAGCAGUGGCAACUGCAAUCAAAUAUGCUGUUGUUAAUCCUUCAUCAGAUUACGAUGAAUUUCUCAAACCUAUUAUGGUCAAGUUUUUGAACCUCUUGGAAGACUCUGAUUUGAAUGUACGACGUUUAGCCUUGUUAACUCUAAAUUCUGCUGCCCAUCGUAAACCGUAUCUGAUCAGGAAUACACUUGAUCAACUUAUUCCUUUAUUGUAUGCAGAAACUGUAGUAAAGGAGGAACUUAUCCAUACUGUUGAAAUGGGCCCAUUCAAACAUAAAGUAGAUGAUGGUCUUGAGAUCAGAAAGGCUGCAUAUGAGUGUAUGUAUACACUUCUAAGUACAUGUUUAGAUAAAGUUGAUGUCUAUGGAUUCCUUGAUCAUAUUCGAGCUGGUUUAGACGACCAACAUGACAUUAAAAUGCUUGCUUAUCUUAUGCUUGUUCGUAUUAGUAAAGUUGCUCCUGCUGCUGUUUCACAAAGAUUAAAUGAUUUUGUUGAGCCAUUCAAGACAACACUUGACUUUAAGAUGAGAAGCAAUGCUGUCAAACAAGAGGUUGAAAAAAAUCAAGAGUUAAUUCGAGCUGUCCUUCGAUGUAUUGUUGCUUUGUAUCCUCUUUCUGAUCCUAGUAUGUCACCUGGAUUUGAAAUGUUUGUGAUGAAUGUCAGAACUGGUCCAUUUGCUGAAGAAUAUCGAUUAGCGUUUGCUGAAGCUGAAGGUAGAGAGAAUCGUUCUAAUGAUUACAUGGAUUUAUCUUAAAAGGAAACAAGUCAAUAUAUAGUUAUACAUAAAUAAAAAAUGAGUUUUAUUACAUUUUUUAUGUGCAUACGUAUUUAUUUAACACAGUCAUACCCCCUCCCCCUCUGGACCCAUUAGGGAAAUAAAGGAGUUACUAACUAGAUUUCAAGUUCGAUUUAUUUUACUUGUUAAAAAUAAAAUAAAAUAAAAAUGACCAAUGAGUACGAGUACAUUAUUUGAU